CUCGGGGCUGGCUUUCUCAGUGGCUCCCAUCUCUCCGCCUUUCCCGACAGUCUCCAUGCAAGUGAGCGCUCUGGCCAGACUUUGCCAGUGGCCAAGUCUAGAUUGGCUCUGAAGUGAUUCCUCAGCAGCAGCUGCUGUAGCAGGUUGGACCAUGGCAGCAGGAGUAGCAGCUUGGUUGCCAUUUGCACGGGCAGCAGCCAUAGGAUGGAUGCCAGUGGCCACAAAUCCCAUGCCAGCUGCUCCCCGGCAGGAGAGAAAGCGAAGCCAGGACUCUCUGAUUGUGCUGAACGUGAGUGGUACCCAGUUCCAGACAUGGCAGGACACCUUGGAGCGCUACCCUGAUACACUGCUGGGCAGCUCGGAGCGGGACUUUUUUUACCACCCAGAGACACAGCAGUAUUUUUUUGACCGGGAUCCUGACAUCUUCCGUCACAUCCUCAACUUCUAUCGUACAGGGAAGCUGCACUACCCUCGACAAGAAUGUAUAUCAGCUUAUGACGAGGAGCUGGCCUUCUUUGGCAUCAUCCCUGAGAUCAUAGGCGACUGCUGCUAUGAGGAGUACAAGGAUCGCCGGCGUGAGAAUGCUGAGCGCCUGCAAGAUGAUGCAGAUCAGGAUCAUGCGGCUGAGUGUUCCCUGCCUUCCAUGACAACUCGGGAGAGAAUGUGGCGGGCCUUCGAAAAUCCACACACAAGUACGCUGGCCCUGGUCUUCUACUAUGUCACUGGCUUCUUCAUUGCUAUCUCUGUCAUUGCCAAUGUGGUGGAGACAGUGCCCUGUGGGGUAAACCCUGGUCGAAUCAAGGACCUGCCCUGUGGGGAGCGCUAUGCUGUGGCUUUCUUCUGCCUGGAUACUGCCUGUGUCAUGAUCUUCACUGUUGAGUAUCUGCUGCGUCUGGUGGCAGCCCCCAACCGCUACAAGUUUGUGCGCAGUGUCAUGAGCGUUAUUGAUGUAGUGGCCAUCAUGCCCUAUUACAUUGGUCUGGUGAUGACUGAUAAUGAGGAUGUCAGUGGGGCCUUUGUGACAUUGCGUGUCUUCCGUGUCUUCCGGAUCUUUAAGUUUUCCCGCCACUCACAGGGGCUGCGCAUCCUGGGUUACACGCUAAAAAGCUGUGCCUCGGAGUUGGGCUUUCUCCUCUUCUCACUGACCAUGGCCAUCAUCAUCUUUGCCACGGUCAUGUUCUAUGCAGAGAAAGGUUCGUCAUCCAGCAAGUUCACCAGUAUCCCUGCGGCCUUCUGGUACACCAUCGUCACUAUGACAACGCUGGGGUAUGGUGACAUGGUGCCGAAGACAAUAGCUGGGAAGAUUUUUGGUUCAAUUUGUUCCCUGAGUGGGGUCUUAGUCAUUGCUCUGCCAGUUCCUGUAAUUGUCUCCAACUUCAGUCGUAUCUACCACCAGAAUCAACGAGCAGACAAGCGCAGGGCACAAAAGAAAGCCAGACUUGCUAGAAUUCGAGCAGCAAAGAGUGGGACGGCUAAUGCUUACAUGCAGAGCAAACGAAAUGGCUUACUGAGUAACCAGCUUCACCAGUCCAACAAGGAGGAAGAACAGAACUUUCUUAGCAAAUCUGGCUCUUCCUUUGAAACACAGCACCACCACCUGCUUCACUGUCUGGAAAAAACCACGGGUUUAUCUUAUGUUGUGGAUGAUCCCAUCUUAUCAAUAAGCUGUUCAACACCAUUUAAGAAUCACGAGUUUGUGGAUGAACAUGUCUAUGAAGACAGCUGCAUGGAGGUAUCCACAGUCAAUCGAUCCUCAAGCGACAGCCCCUCUCUCUCUUCCCAACAAGGCGUUACCAGCACUUGUUGCUCACGACGACAUAAAAAGACUUUCCGCAUUCCAAACACCAAUAUAACUGGCAGCCGCCCAGGCAGCAUACAAGAACUUAGUACCAUUCAGAUCAGAUGUGUGGAGAGAACAUCUCUAUCUAACAGCCGAUCCAGUUUAAAUGCCAAAAUGGAAGAGUGUGUUAAACUAAACUGUGAGCAGCCUUACGUCACAACAGCAAUAAUCAGCAUCCCAACACCCCCAGUGACCACACCUGAAGGGGAUAAUAGGCCAGAAUCUCCCCCAUAUACAGGUGCAAAUAUUGUCAGAGUAUCUGCUUUAUAAAACAAUUAGAAUAAAGACCACUUGCCAGCUGAGCUCUAGCAAUGAGAAGAGUUCUGGAGAAGGAGAGAGCUGGAAAAGACAAUACCCCCUUGGUCAGUGUUACCUCAGCCACAGAUUGAGGGGGUCAGAAGAAUUAAAACAUUUUGGGUUUCAGUGUUGUACUGCGUGAAGCAGGCAACCAAACAGAGUUUCUACACAGCGUCUGAACGGUUAUACAGCGCAAUCUUCUGUGACCAUUUUGACUUACUAUAUGAGCACAAUGAAAUGUCCCCCAUUGAUGCUUCUUAUUACCAUGGGAACUUUUUAAAAAAAAUAAAUAAACAAAACAAACAAAAAAUACCCCACGUUUGGACAUUAUGUUCCGGCUGAAUGCAAAACAACAAUGAAAAACAUUUUGAUAACGUCAUUUUUUCCUGUUGAUAAACCAUGAACUUGUUGACAAACUCCCUAUUGUUAAAAAAAAAGAAGAAGAAAAAGGGGGGAAAACAAAAUGCUCAUAGGAAAUAUGUUUGUACUGACUGGCAGAAAUACAACCAUAGUGCAUGCUGAAAUUCUUUGGAGCUGUGAUCUCAGUUUACUUAUGUUGUUUUUCAGAUUAGGCAUGAUAAAAUAUUACUGUAGAAAGGGGCAUUUCUGUGCACUUACUGCUGAUUGUCAAUGUUCCAUGGUAGUUGUACAAAUAACUUACCUUUGGAAAAUGCAGUAUUUCUUACUCAAAUACUCAUUAGCGAACUCAAGGUGUUCAGUUAGUUCAAUAUUUAUUAUUGUUUUAUCUUGCUUCCUUGGUACUGCUACAACUGCAAUAAUUCAUUGUAUAUCUGUUGUAUCAGGAAUCAGGAUUAAUUUGUUUAAAUAUUUUGCACAACUUCAUCUACACCCUGAACCCCGUGGAUAGAAAAUAUUUUCUCUAAUGUGGAGAAGUUUUAAAUAACCAUAUAAUCAAAACUUUGUCUCACAAAUGUACUUUUCAGUCAUACUUCUUUUUGUCCACUGUAAUCUCUAUUUUCAUGAUGCAGCACAUUUAUCUGAUCUAAUGUUGCUUUCUUCUUUGGGAUUCCAAGACUCUUCAUGAAGUGGCUUAAUCUUUUGUUCUGCAAACAUUUGCCUACCUUUGUAUUUCCUGAACCAGUCUUCUAAUGUAGUGUUACAGUGUCAAUCCCAUUUGAAAUGAAAUUAAGGGGUUUUGUGACAAACUAACACUGAGCUCUAAACCUCUUUGUUUUUCUGCAGUAUCCAGAAUAUUGUCUAUGUUGAGCAUUGGAAGACAUUUAGUGAAAACAGUUUGCUAAAACUCUCCUUGUAGUUAUCUGUAAACUAGCAUCCAAAAAUUUAUUUGGGGCUUCAUAUCUUGUAAGACUGUACCCAAGAAACACUGAUAAACUAGAGAUUUGAGAUUUUCUGCAAAAUUAUGAUUGACUCCAGCGGGAAUUUAGCUGUAGGAUCAGGGCCAUAAAUGGACAUUAAGACUUUACUAUUUAAAAAUGCCUUUUUGCUUCAUUGUCUUAUGGAAAUCUACAUUUUCUUACCAAAAGAUUUCUGCUAACUGCAGUUUUAUUUACUAGAAGACAAGAACGUUAAGAGGUUUGUCAUCUUGAAAAUGCUGUGCACAUGAAAAAGUAGGUGUUUAUAGCAGAAAUACUGUAUCAGCAGAAAUUACCGCAUGGCUCCAUAUAAAUAUAUAUAUAUGCCAAUCAAAAAGCUCUAUGCAUUAGAAGACAUUACCACAAGUGAAAAACAUAGUUAUUUAAAUAGUUUGAAUGUUGUAUGUUUCAUACUUUAUGGUACCAAUUACUAACUACUCCCUUGACUGAACUUAACAUUUAUAUUAAGAGGAAAUACACUAUGAAAGUAGAACUUUGCUAAUUUACACCCUUUUUACUCCACACAACUAGUUGCUGGUCUCGCCUUAUCUAUAAGCAAAGAUUUAAAACCAGAUGCUGUAAUGAAGGCUGAGAUUUUAUUUUUACAAAGUAUGCUACAGAAUAUUCACUACUAUGAUAUUGUCCUAAAUUACAACUAAAUUACACCUGACAAAAGAAGAGAGUAUAUUUUGCAAUGGGUGAUCCUUGUUUUCUUAAUGUUUGUUCACUUAUUCACAAACUUGGUUAAUUUGCUAUGCAGUUCCCAUUCAUUUGUGUAAAAUAGCAAGUUUCUACGGUUUAUAUAAAUGGAAUCAAAACUUGAAUUUCUUUUAAGGAACCAACAAACUGAUUUUUCACUGACUAACAGUGAACAUAUCAAGUAAUUCCACUGAAAUCAAUUAUUUUGAUCUCCUCUCUCUUACAGUGUUGUAAAGCUGGGUUCACUACAUUAGUUUUUACUUGCUUCCUACGUCUACUCAUAAUUUCUCGUGGAAAAAAGACUGGCUUUGUUCCUAGCAUUUGCUGAAACAGUUACUGAUAUGAAAACUGCUCUGAUAUUAACAAUCUAUUACAGCUUCUUCUUUCUCACAUGGUGCUUCUUAAUUAAUUACAAUAUAAGAUGGCAGUUGCUGAAAACCAUUUGGGACAAGCCCUGAACUGAGUUAUGCCUUGUGCAAUCCCAUUGACUCCACUGAGAUCACACAGGGUUUAAGAAUUUGGCCUCUUAAUUUUAUUUUUCAUAUGGACUAAAGAAACUGCAAUACAGCAAUAUUUGCAUAGCGGUUACUCCCCGAUUACAAGUUUUAUCUUCUUUUUUAAAGUACAGGUUAAGAAAUAAUUUGGCAAGAUUUUUCAGAAUGCCAUUCUUGUCUAUUUCCAUAUAUCACUUAUGCAAAAUGAUUAAUUUAUUUUGAAUUUGGAAAAUAAACAUUCUUUUGGUGUUCUAGGUGAUUUAAAUGCUGUUUUGGUAGUGAAUGACUGUUGAUGACUGUGUAAAAUCCAUCUGUGCUGUAAAUGAAAUGUAAUUAUUUCUGUGUAUCAUACAAAGAAUCCAAGGUUGUUGUUUUUGACAAUUUUGUUUGAAAUUCAUUUAACGUAUUUCAGAAGACAGCAUAAUACAUGUGUUAUGCUGAAUGAAUAGACAGCAGAGGAAUAUUUAAAUAAAAGAUCUGCAUGCUUGAACGGGACAACCUGGUUUUUCAGUGACUU